AUGUCUAUCUCGAAGGGCCUCGCUGAAUCAGCAGUGGUUGCAAAGGUGAUCUACAAAGAGUCUGUCGAGUCCCUGAAGCAGUGCGUCGUCGCAGAUGUUGAAGAGGAUGAGCCCGAGGAACAAGCGGAUGCGGAGCAGAGCGUGUUGUGGGACAUGACGAGGCCCCUUGAAGGCAGCUGCAGGAUGGAGCUCCUCAAGUUCGACCACCCGCAGGGCCAGGAUGUCUUCUGGCACUCCAGCGCACACAUUUUGGGCGGUCACCUCGGAUCCCAUAAGGUGCAUGCAUCGCUGCAUUCACAAGUCUUCGUUGUUGUGAGUGAUGCGUCGGCAUACUGCUUGCUUCAUCCGACGGUAGUUCGACGUUGCACAGCUCUCUGUCCCACACGUGGAGUAACUGGAAGCUACCAAAGCUUCUAA